AUGCCCCGUUCCCCUGUCCCGACUACCACCAAGGGGCAGUGCAUAGGAGACUAUGUGUUAGGGACAUCUAUCGGCAAGGGCGCGUGCUCGAAGGUGAGGCUGGCGACGCACGUGCCCACGGGCACGGAGGUAGUGGUCAAGAGUAUCCUCCGGCGCGAUGUCUCCCGGGAGCUGCGGUGUUUAAGAACCCUACAGCACCGAAAUAUAUCGCAGCUGCUGGAGGUGGUGGUGGCCCCCGAGGAGCUACAUCUGGUGAUGGAGUACGUGCGCGGCGGGGACCUGAGGGAGCACCUGCAGCGGCGCGGCCGCCUCACCGAGCGCCAGGCCAGGACAGUGUUCCGGCAGGUGGUCUUGGCCCUCCACCACUGCCACCGGCGGGGCUUCGCGCACCGGGACAUCAAGCCGGACAACAUCCUCUUAGAAGAAGACCUCACCGCCAAGCUGGCGGACUUCGGCCUCAGCCGCGAGGCCACCGCGGGCCAAUUGCUCACCGGCUGGUGCGGGACGCUGUCCUACAUGGCGCCCGAGGUGCUGCAGUGGGAGCCGUAUGACGGGCUGAAGGCUGAUGUCUGGGGGCUGGGCGCCUCCCUCUACAAGGCGGUGACGGGGCGCGUGCCCUUCCCGGGCGACUUUGAGGAGAAGAUACUGGAUCACAUAUGGGAGGGGCGCUACAAGCACCCCUACUACAUGUCGGAGGAGGGCAGGAGCUUCCUCCAGCGGCUCCUGACGGUCGACCCCGACCAGAGGCCAACCCUGGAGGAGGCCAUGUGGAUGCCGUGGCUAGACCUGGGUCCAGAAGACCUGCCUCCGGACAGCGACCCGCUGGAGGAGGACCUGGACCCCCAGGUUGUGGAGACCAUGCGCGGCAUGGGCUUUAGGGAGGAGGCCAUAAGGAACUCCGUGACGGGCCAGACAUUCGAUCGAGUAAUGGGGACUUACCGCAUCCUCCUCAUGACCAUGGGCAGGAUGGCCAUGGGGAGGAUGCCGGGCCGCACCAUCAAGGUCAGGCCCUACCGGCCCCCUGACACCGGGGCCGCCACCCCUUCCAGCCGCGAGGAGUCCCGGGCAUCGGGGGGCUCGUCAGGACCAUCAGUGGCGACCCCCCCCUGCCCGUGGGCGAAGAUGACCAGCGCCCUGCGGCUGCCCAGCCUGGGAACCAUCGCCUCCUCCCCUUUUCCCCUGGAGUCUGUGCUGGCGCUCCGGGCAGAGGGCUUGCCUGGACCAUCCAUGCUGAGGCUCCCGUGCCUGGGGGUGAAAAAGACCUACGCCCUGCCCGCGCCGCCGCCCAGCCUGGAGACCAUGGCCUCCUCCCCGCUUCCCCUGGAGUCUGUGCAGGCGCUCCUGCCGGGGACCCGCGGCCCAGCCCCGCAGCUCCGCCCGGGGGGCGCCCCCACCCCCCGCACCAGCAACAGAUUCCGAUUCCGCAGCAGUGAGAGCAAGGCUGGAAAGGUGGAGAACGAGGCUGAAAAGGUGGAGAACGAGGCUGUAAAGGUGGAGACUGAGGCUGUAAAGGUGGAGAAAAAGGCUGAAAAGGUGGAGAAAGAGGCUGUAAAGGUGGAGAAAAAGGCUGUAAAGGUGGAGAACGAGGCUGUAAAGGUGGAGAAAGAGGCUGAAAAGGUGGAGAACGAGGCUGUAAAGGUGGAGAAAAAGGCUGUAAAGGUGGAGAAAAGGGCUGUAAAGGUGGAGAACGAGGCUGUAAAGGUGGAGACUGAGGCUGAAAAGGUGGAGAAAAGGGCUGUAAAGGUGGAGAAAGAGGCUGUAAAGGUGGAGACUGAGGCUGAAAAGGUGGAGAAAAGGGCUGUAAAGGUGGAGAAAGAGGCUGUAAAGGUGGAGAAAAAGGCUGUAAAGGUGGAGAACCAGGAGGGAGCCCCCCCAGACAGCUCCCCCCAAAAGGGCAGCCCCCCAGCCUCUCCUACCACCAACACCCGGGCCCGGCCGGGCUGGGCGCAAAGGGCCUGGAAGGCAUUCCUAAAGGUCUUCUGCUGUGGCGUUGACACCACCAAACCCCGCAGGAAGAGAACCAGAGUCCACCCUGGUAACACUUGA